AUGAGCAAGUCAAAAUUCAAAGCAAUGCUCAUUAUUUUUUUUGACAUUAAGGGAAUAAUUUUUAUUGAAUGGGUUCCUAGUGGACAGACAGUCAACCAAUAUUAUUAUAAAGAGGUAUUAAUUAAAUUGAGAGAACGAGUUAGAAAAAAACGACCAGAUCUGUGGAAGAAUGGCUGGGUUCUUCACCAAGACAAUGCUCCAGCUCACAGUUCAUUUUCAAUUCAACGUUUUUUGACUGAAAAAAAAAUUUCUAUAUUGCAACAUCCACCGUACUCGUAA